AAAAGGUUAGGCGCAAUCAAACAUUGCUGUCUUUUCUUAGCAACGCCACGUGUUUUUCAUUCCAUCCCGGCUGGCAAUAUACUGGGUAAACGCCGAGGAGAUUUUCACUUUAUAAAUCGGGUCGAGCCAUUUUGUUUCUUCAUUCCCUGUGCUUUAUUUUAGAGUUGUGAGAAAUUUUUAAGCUGUGAUAUGAGGGUUCUACUGAUUGGUUUAAGUUUAACGUUGGUGUGCUUCCUGGCAGUGAAAGCUGAUGACGAUGCGGAUGCGGAUGCAGCUUUAGAUGAGCGUGAUCAGGUAUUUCAACGAGGAAAAUAUUUCGAUUCGAAGAAAAAACUAAAAGGUGCAGGUGGUAAAAUGAAAAAGAUGCAGGUGGCAAAAUUGGCAAAAGGCAGAAAAGGAGAAGUUGAGCUGGAGGAGGAGGUAUUAGUUGAGCGGGCCGAUGAAUUUGAAAGCUGGGUAAAAAGAUUAGAAGAUGAGAUUGACAACAUUCAGGUUGAGGAAGAGUCUGAUAUUGAUACGGAGAAAAGGGAACAAGGUUGGAAGACAUAUGGUAAAAUCAAAAAAGGAGAAGAGGAAGUGCUGGAGUUAGAAAAGCGUCAGAUGAACCCCUCCAACAAAGGAUUCAACAAAUUUGGAAAUGGAAAAUUCGGAGGCCGAUUCGGAAAGUCACGCGCAGGAAACUAAACCGUAAAAGAGUACAUGUUCGAUUAAGGUUCAGAAAAUUAGUAUUAUUCCACCAGCAACUUCAUUUUGGUAUUUACAGUGAUAAUUAUUUGUGCUAAUUUGGGAGGUUGUAUUUUUUCGAAUAAAUGAUGUAAAAUAUUUUCGGUGAAAGUAACAAGAUUUACUAAAAAUUAUACUUUUAUUGAGGUUUUGCUUUUAAUGUUUAACAGAAAUAUAUGUAUAUUAUGUGUUAUUAUAAAGUUAUAAACGCUAAUUUUGCAUUCA